CGACCAAGUGGUGUGGCUGCUAAAAUUCUUCAACCAAGGAUGAUGCUGAUGUUCUGCUUUUGACAUUCUCUCUCUCUCUCUGCGCAGCUUCGUCUAUGGUUUAGGAACAAACUUCAUACACGUGGUGAGAGCACAAAAAAGGCUAAAGCUUUUAUCAAACCCUUGUUGAAAUUCGAGCUCUUUGGGGUUUCUCAGAUUCUGCGAAUGUUUUUUUGGUCUUCUCGAGGUACUGAAUCAGCUUCAAUCUGAUUAUUCUUUCUCCGAUCUUAAUCAAUUCCAAGUUUCUUCACAGCUUGGGCGCGAAAUCUUGUGUCUACCCUCCAUUCGUUUCCCGUAAAGGUCGUUUUUUUUUUCUUUCUCGCUGAAAACAUGGAUUUUUCUAGGUGAUACAACAAUAGCUUUUUUGUUCUCUAGAUUUGGGCAAGAGUUGUUUUUUUCAAGAUCUAUGUUGUAAUUAGAUUAGUCUUUUUUUUUUUGGGUUAGAUUGGGCGAUAAAAAAGUAAUCUUGGUUUAGCUAAUUUUUGUUGAUAACGACGAAAACUGGAGUAAUAGUAUGACUAUAAUGGAGGAGAAGCAGAAUAGUCCGAUUGCAGAGAAGCAGCAGAGCAUUAAUGGUAUAAUAAACCAAACACAAGAGACUCAGACGAAAUCCAUGGAGAAACAACAGAGUUUUCGAUGUGUGGAGAGUAAUCAACCGAGAAAGGCGAGAGCUUUAGAGAAACAAGUUAGUUUCCAAGGUGUGAAUGUAGAGAAUCAUCAGCCAAGUAGGCUCGGAAGAUCAAUGGAGAAGCAACAGAGUUUUCGAGGUGUGACCGUGGAGAACCAGAAACGUGGAGUUAUGGAGAAACUUCCGAGUUUUGGUAAAGCAUCAAUGGAGAGGCAGAAGAGUUUUCGUGGUGGGUUUUUAGAGAAGCAGAAAAGCUUCCGUGUGGUGAUGGAGAGGCAACUGAGUUUUAUUGGUGAGAGGAGGAAGAAGAAUGAGUCACCAGGGAAAAGAGGAGACUCGCCUCUUCAUAUUGCGGCUCGAACCGGGAACUUAGGUAAGGUUAAAGAACUGAUUCGAGGUUGUUGUGACAGUGGUGGAGAAGAGUUAAAAGAGUUGUUGUCAAAGCAGAAUCUUGAAGGAGAGACUCCUCUUUAUACUGCAGCAGAGAACGGGCAUUCAAUUGUUGUUGAGGAGAUGUUGAAGCAUAUGGAUCUUGAAACUGCUUCGAUCGCAGCUAGAAACGGGUUUGAUCCUUUCCAUGUCGCAGCAAAACAAGGCCAUCUCGAGGUGUUGAAGAAACUGUUGGAGACUUUUCCAAACUUGGCAAUGACAACAGAUUUAUCGUGUACAACUGCAUUACACACGGCUGCGACACAAGGACACAUUGAUGUGGUGAAUCUUCUUUUGGAGACAGACUCUAAUUUGGCUAAGAUAGCUAAGAACAACGGUAAAACCGCGCUUCACUCUGCAGCAAGGAUGGGUCAUGUGGAAGUUGUUAAAUCUUUGAUAGGUAAUGAUCCAAGCAUUGGGUUUAGAACCGAUAAAAAGGGGCAAACUGCUCUUCACAUGGCUGUAAAAGGUCAAAAUGAUGGGAUCGUUAUUGAGUUAGUGAAACCUGAUGUUGCGGUUUUGAGCGUUGAGGAUAAUAAAGGAAAUACACCAUUGCACAUUGCCACAAACAAAGGCCGUAUUAAGAUAGUGCGGUGUUUGGUAUCUUUUGAAGGCAUUAACCUCAACCCAAUAAACAAAGCUGGAGAUACGCCACUAGAUAUCGCUGAGAAGAUAGGAAAUGCUGAGCUUGUGUCGGUUCUGAAGGAAGCAGGAGCUGCUACAGCUAAAGAUCUCGGUAAGCCUCAAAACCCGGCUAAGCAACUGAAGCAAACAGUCAGCGACAUUAAACACGAGGUACAAUCUCAGCUUCAACAAUCCAGGCAAACCGGUGUAAGAGUCCAGAAGAUAGCCAAGAGACUCAAGAAACUUCACAUUAGCGGUCUAAACAACGCUAUAAACUCAGCAACCGUCGUGGCUGUGCUUAUUGCCACGGUGGCUUUCGCAGCCAUUUUCACAAUACCGGGUCAAUAUGAAGAAGACCGGUCGAAAGGAGAGUUGCUUGGACAAGCUCAUAUAGCAAACAAAGCACCGUUUCUAGUCUUCUUCGUCUUUGACAGCUUGGCAUUGUUUAUAUCCUUAGCUGUUGUUGUGGUGCAAACUUCAGUUGUUGUGAUUGAGCAGAAGGCGAAGAAGAAGCUUGUGUUUGUGAUAAACAAGCUCAUGUGGUGUGCUUGUUUGUUCAUAUCCAUUGCCUUUGUUUCUCUCUCUUACAUUGUUGUGGGCAAAGAGGAGAUGUGGUUGGCUGUGUGUGCGACUGUUAUUGGCGGCACGAUCAUGUUGACCACGAUUGGUGCGAUGUGUUACUGCGUGGUCAUGCAUAGGAUGGAGGAAUCUAAAUUGAAGAGCAUAAGGAAAGAGAGAAGCAAGUCUCAGUCUUUCUCUAUGUCUCGUAUGCCUUCUGAUUCAGAGAUUCUAAAUGGUGAAUACAACAAAAGAAUGUAUGCACUAUGAACAGCAGGGUCUCCUCAUGUAAGAUUAACCAAUAUAUACUUGGUAUUGUACCUGUAAACCAAUGCUAUUCGAUAUUUUUCGAGUUUUUCGAGUAGAAUAACAGAUCUGUAAUGAGGUCGUUGAAGUAUCAACAAAA